UACAGCUGAGCAUAUUCCUCAAGUAGAUAUGAGCCUUUUACAUGUGUGAUAACCCUUCCAAUCACAUUCCUCUCUAUAUCCUCACCUCACACUGAGAAAGCCUUAAGACUAGUAAUUAGUUGCCUCUCAAAAAGCAUCAGUUUUUCUCAACUCAAUUUCUCACUUUUCUUUCUUCCUUAGUGGUCUGCACUCUCCACUUUUUGAGCCAUUCAAAAUCAAAGCUUCCCCAGAAGCAAGGAGGAAGGUGUUCUGUGCCUGAGAUGUCUGGUGUUCUUCUUUGGGUGAAUUGUGGAACCAAAGGGAACUCCAUCUCCUUGCUAGGCCUUGGAGGCAGAGGAAGCAGAAGCCAGAGGAGGUAUAGACUGUGCAGUGGCAUCAGCUUUGCAAGCUUCUCCAGUGCAGUUGCAGAGCCUUCAAGAUCCUCAGAGGAGAGGGUCUAUGAAGUGGUGCUGAAGCAAGCAGCACUGGUCAAGGAGCAGAAAAGAGAUACAAAGAGAAAAUUGAAUUUGGAUAAGCCCAUUGAAGAUGAUUUCACCAAUAAGGAUCUGUUGAGUGGUGCUUAUGAUAGGUGUGGUGAAGUUUGUGCUGAGUAUGCCAAGACAUUUUAUCUGGGGACACAAUUGAUGACAGAAGAGCGCAGAAAAGCCAUCUGGGCCAUUUAUGUGUGGUGCAGAAGAACAGAUGAGUUGGUGGAUGGCCCUAACUCUCCACACAUCACCCCCAAGGCCUUGGACAGGUGGGAGCAAAGAUUAAGUGAUGUUUUUGAAGGCCGUCCUUAUGACAUGUAUGAUGCUGCCCUUUCAGAUACAGUUACAAAGUACCCCGUUGAUAUACAGCCUUUCAAGGACAUGAUCGAAGGGAUGAGGUUGGACCUGAGAAAGUCAAGAUACAAUAACUUUGAUGAACUCUACCUUUACUGCUACUAUGUUGCCGGGACUGUGGGCCUUAUGAGUGUUCCAGUAAUGGGGAUAGCACCAGAAUCAAAGGCUUCCGCAGAGAGUGUCUACAAUGCUGCAUUGGCACUUGGCAUUGCAAAUCAACUCACCAACAUUCUCAGAGACGUUGGAGAAGAUGCUAGAAGAGGAAGGGUAUAUCUUCCACAAGAUGAAUUGGCAAAAGCUGGCCUAUCAGAUGAAGACAUUUUCAGUGGGAGAGUUACCGACAAGUGGCGAAAUUUCAUGAAGGGCCAAAUAAGGAGAGCAAGGAUGUUUUUUGAUGAGGCGGAGAAGGGAGUUUCAGAGCUCAGCUCAGCUAGCAGGUGGCCAGUGUGGGCAUCUCUUUUGUUGUAUAGGCAGAUAUUAGAUUCUAUUGAAGCUAAUGACUACAAUAACUUCACCAAAAGGGCUUAUGUAGGAAAAGCUAAGAAGCUCUUAUCACUACCUGCUGCUUAUGGAAGAGCAAUUCUAGGCCCACAAAUGUUGACCAAAAUGGUUGCAAGGUGAAUAUGAUAUUGUGCCCAUAAGAAUCAAACAGGCUUGGUUUGAGCUUGUAAGUUCUGUUCAGCAGAAUGUAUUAAUGUGUAUAUUUUGUAGUCUAAUUGUAUACAUCUCAAGUGAGCAAUAUUGAAGAGAAAUUAUUGAUUA